CCGGAACAGUUAAAUGCGCUUCACUGUUCCGCGUUGUAUGACAUCUGCUGAUUUAACGUACACAUAUAUAAAAUACACUUGCAUUGGCGCGUUCAGUUGAGCGGAAAGAGACGAAAGUAUGUGUCUUCUGAUUUUCCUGGCGAUUGGUUUGCUUCAAGCAACUGCCGCAGAGUUCGAUACGUAUGACCACAGAGUCCAUAAAUGUCGUCAAGAAGCAGUUGGGGAAGAGAUGCGAUUUGAAGUCUUGCCUGGACGGGGCUGGGACAAUUUGAUAAAUAAAGAAAUGUCGAUGGUUUUCGAAAUGACGUAUUCGGAGUGCAGAAAAAGCGAAGAUGGAAAGUAUCUGCUUCCAGACCAGGUAACACUGGUGCCGAAGAAGGCGUCCUCCGUUCAGACUCAUGCCGAGGUAAUGGAUCACUGGGAUAACUAUACCUCUACCACCGCGCAUUCGAUGAACAUCGGCGCAUCACUAAGCUUCGACAUUCCUUUGGACGUCCCCGGGCUUAGUGUGUCUGGAGAUAUCAGCGGGAAAUAUUCUGAAGAAUAUCAAGAUGUUAAGACUCGUCAGUAUCAAGACCAGUCAAUAACAACCAGAGUACAGCUGCGAUACAUACAGUACACUGCAAAGCUCGAGGAGGACAUGCCAUUUACAAAGGCUUUCCAGAAACGUAUAAAGAAGAUUGCGGCCCACGUCGCUUUGAAGGACCUAGGGGCAGCGAGAUACGAUAGUCAGCUGCUAGUACGAGACUUUGGCACCCACGUUAUUACCGCUAUCGACGCUGGCGCAGCACUAGUCAAGGUUGAUCAUGUGUCAAAGCAAUAUGUUUCCAAUUUGGAUGACAGUCAGAAAAGUAAAUCAUACCAAAUUGCGGCAAAAGCAGGACUGAGUUUCCUUCAUCUCUUCAACGUUGGUCCCCAACUUCACUUUGGCAUGGACAGUUCAAGUUCCGAAAGUAGCCAAUCGAAUACUGGCUACGACAGCCAGAUUACAUCUUCAAAGAUUUCAACACAUGGAGGACCGGUGUACAAAUCAACGAUGUCUGUUGAUGAAUGGAGCAGCUCCUUGGACAACAAUUUGGUAGCAAUGGAUAGGUCAGGUGCACCGAUUUCCAAUUUCAUUAAUGAAUUCACACUCCCUGAGGUGGACUACAAUUCAAUCCAAAAGGUAAAACAAUUCGUCAUGAAUGCCGUAGUGGAGUACUACAAGCACAAUGUAUACAGAGGCUGCACUAGCCUAGAUUCGGAGAAUUUCAGCUUUUGGGCCAAUGUAGAUGACGGUUCAUGCAAACCACCAAAAGCUGCAUAUAGUUUAGGCGGUGUGUACCAGACAUGCAACGGAGAUGGGGAGUUGUGUAAUGGUAAGAUGAUAAAGAAUCCAAAGACUGGCGACUAUUCGUGUCCAUCAAAUUAUAACAGUUACCGUUUGAGCAGCAAAGCCCUAAGCGGUUCACACACAGACCACGAAUGUCAUAGAUGCUGGAUUUUCUUUCACUGCUGUAACGAUGUCUCGAGUGGUACAAGUGCUUCCGUUGAUACAUUUUGGUGUGCACCUAUGACAAGUGCGGGUCAAAACGAGGGGUAUAUGUUCGGCGGUUACUAUACCAGCUCCGCAGUAAAUAUCUUCAACCAAGAGAUGUCUUGUCCUCCAAAAUACCAAGCCAUUACAAUACUCGAAGAUGUCACUGUCUGUCUAAGCGACGACUUUGAGGUUGGAAGUGGUUUCUCAUUGCCAUUUGCUGGAUUCUUUUCAUGCGAUGUCCCAAACCCUAUGGCUAACGGGUCAAAAGGUUGUCCGAUGGGUUUUAGCCAGCACCUUCUAGAGAUAUCCUCAAGCCAGUGCGAAUUUUAUUACUGCAUUCGGACAGGAGCACUUUCAGCCAAAGGUCUAACACCAAUAAAGAGUUUGCCAUUCGCACGAAAACCAAUGCGAAAGCACCAGACUAGAAAAGAGAUGGCGUACAUAAUUAGCGAUGAUGGCCAGACCUGGGCUCCGAUGGAUAAAGCCAAUGAAACUAUACCACGACUUCUGCGUGAGCAAGGUAUUGAGCUAGUAAUGUCUAACUUGUCCCCGUCGGCAAACGCUUCCGAGAUUGCCACAAUGAGCAUGGUACUGUCCGCUGCAAGAACACCCAAUGCUUGUGGAAACAACCUUAUGGCCAAUGACAUCAAUACUACAAUUGCUGUAAGCAACAUUGUGACAAAUGAAAACAAUUCUCAAAAUGUGGAAAACGACGUUAAUGCUACAAAUCAGCUUACCAAAAUUGUGGUAAAUAAAAUUAAUGCAACAAAUGUAGCAAGCAAUAGUGCAGAAUAUAGAUUCAAUGCUAACAAGGGACAAAAUUCACUGCAAUGA